GGUGCCUGCAGAAGAGGGGCCACAGAAGAUGAUGCAACUCGAACUAUUUUUGCUGACUGCUUCAUUCAAACAAUUAAACUGUAUGAGUCCGGCUUGAAUGAGUCCCGCUCUGAUUUAAACUAUUUCAACACAUUCAUGACUGACAACACGGCUACGCGGUCAGGAGCAAACAUCUACGGAGGUCUGUUGGACAGGUGUACAGUAAGUCAAAAUGCUGAAUAUGAAUCUUCAAACGAAUUGGACUACAUAAAAAAAACUGUCAAUUCCUCCAUCGAGCCACUAUCAAUCUCCUCUAGGCCUGUUCAAGUAAUUUUGUGCAACUAUUCACAAUAUGACUAUGGUUCUACAAAAAAAGGACACACAUUUACAAUCAGUGUUAUGGCUGUUGACCAAGUUGGAAAUCCAAUGAAUGCCACAAUUCGCAGUUCUGUUGUCAGUGAGAGUGGACGUGAUCGUUUCAAAGAAGGACAGGCAAAACAUGAAAUUGGCAAUCAGUGCACAGAAUUAGAGUACAAUGUAUUCUCACAAGACAGCUCCGCUCAAGUAGAACUCUAUGCCGAGGGUCCAUGCAACAAUAUGGGAAUUUCAAAACAACUUAUCAAUAUUUCUUUUGAACUCUGCACAUGCCCUAGUGGACUCAAACCAAUUCAGUCCGAUAUUGAGUGCAAGUGUGACUGUGAUCCAGAUUUGCAACAAGGAUAUCAGAUAACAAACUGUUCUGAGGAAAAUGGGACCAUAAAGCUGGAAAGUGAUAACAACAUAUGGAUAGAAGUCAUAAAUACCACCAACAAAACAUGGUAUGUCGUUAGCAACUGUACAUUUGACUAUUGCGUACAAAAACCAUUCAACAUUAGUCUAAGCAACCCUGACAAACAGUGUGCCUACAAUCGAAGAGGUGUCUUGUGUGGAGAAUGUGAACCAGGACUCAGUCUUGUGUUGGCUACGUCAAACUGUAAAGAAUGCUCUCAUCUUUACCUUCUUCUACUAAUACCAUUUGCGCUGGCUGGCAUAUUGCUAGUUGCUUUAAUUCUCGUGCUCAACAUCACUAUAGCAACUGGAAAUAUUCAUGGCCUCAUAUUUUACGCCAACAUAGUAGCUGCUAAUAGAGCAAUUUUCUUUUCUAGUUUAAACAACUUUUUAACAGUUUUCGUAUCAUGGGUGAAUCUUGACUUAGGAAUCGAGACAUGCUUUUACAAUGGAAUGAACUCUCAAGGAAAAGUGCUCCUUCAACUUGUCUUUCCCGCUUACUUGUUUCUUCUAAUGUUUUUUAUUAUCAUUUUAAGCAAAUAUUUUGACUCAUUUGCAAAGCUCCUCUCCAACAGGAACCCAGUUGCUGCCUUAGGCACACUCGUCCUACUCUCUUACUCCAAACUCUUACGGUUUGUCAUUGCUGCAUUGCAACACAGGGUCUUGGACUAUCCUGAUGGUAAAAGUGAUAUAGUUUGGUUGUUUGAUGGCAAUGUACAAUAUUUCGCUCGCGAUCACCUCCCUCGGUUUGUUGCUGCAGCCAUAAUCCUCUUUGCCGGUGGAUUGUUCACUGUACUGCUCUUCUUUGGACAAUGGUUUCCACGCUGUUCCAAGGUUAUGAUAUGGACCAAGAAUACAAAGUACACUGGCUUCAUGGAUGCAUACCAUGCUCCAUUCACUCCCAAACAUCGCUACUGGGUGGGACUGCUUCUCUUUGCUCUAAUUAUUCAUAAUCUAGUAGCUGCCAUGGCUCUCAACACUUACCUCCCUAUUCUGUCAGCUGGAGUUCUAUCAGUUGGACUGAUUGUCUGGAAACUACUAAAUAAUCGUUUGUACAAAAGUAAGUUUUGUGAUUCCCUCGAAACUCUCUAUCUAUUCAAUGUUUUUAUUCUUUCAUUUGGCACCUCUUAUGUCAAAGAUACAAAUAAAGAUCAGUCAGCACUAGCCAAUACUUCAAUGGCUAUAUCAUUCACCUUAUUUGUGACAACACUUUGCUAUCACUUUUACCAAUUCGUACUCAAGAAGAGCAAUACAUGGCUGAAGAUAGAAGACACCAUAAAAAACUUACGAGCUGGUGCUGCAGACAUGAGACUCCGACGAGCUAACAAUGCCCGGGAAAUGUAUCAGCUGAUAGCUGAUGAAAAUGAUGAAGAUGAAUUACUCGAAGCAGUAGACGACUAUGAACAAAGAGACGCCUUGAACCUACCUUACACUGAUGGAGCCGUGGAAGAAGCUGACCCUGAUCGCUACAUCACUCCUCCCAUCAUCAGACCAGCCACGAGGCCGGACCAGCUGAGACUAUCCUACAUGGAUGAACUAGCCCCCCUCACCACAGAGGACUACAGACCAGCCCCUCCUCCUCUAAGAGUCAACCAUCGUCUUGCUGUUACACACAAAGAAAUCGGCCCCAUACGCAAUGAAGUGUGAAUUGUUUUAUUUAUUUUGUUAGUUCCAACAGUUACUGUCGUUAGCACUUGUUUAUGUCACUAUAGUUUAAAGAGAGAUAGGCUUUUUUGUAGAUUCUUAUAGAUUUAUUUUUU